UUUACACAGGGUCUUGGCACACUAGGAUUUGAAUGUACCCUUGAAGAAGUUGACCUUGAAGAUAUCACUAAGAAUCAAUUCAACACAAUAAAAGCUUGUAUAUCAGAGGCUUCAGAGACUGGAAAUUGUGAAGUACUGGAAAAAGCUGAUUUUGAUGAGACUAAAUGCCUGAAAGGGAUCUCUGAAGACCUGAAGCUAUACAAGGGAGAGUUUAGGAGUUUCAGUAAUCAAAAGAUACUGGAUGCUAUUGACCAAAUGAUGCAGGCUUUGAAUAUCAACAGUGUGAGUGUGCCGCAACCAGCUUCCAACACAGGAUCUCCUUCUUUUAAGGACAGAUUGAGGCUAUGCAGUGUUCUCCAGGCUUUCCUUAUUCGCGCUAUGACCAUAAACAGAAUGAUAAACUACUUGAAUUCUCUGGGAAAACUCAUAAGCACUGAGAGCUAGAUGCACUUUCUCUAUUUACAUUUGACCAAAGCUUUUUUUUUUUUUUUAAGUGGGGAGGAGGCAGCGAGCAGGGACGACUAUGCUAAGUUCCAUUCACUGCCAGACCUCUGUUUGAAGUCAAUGUAAUUUGUAGACAUGCAGGACUGGAACCUGCAUUUAAAGGUAUAAUAACAUAGCUACAAAAGCUCUUCAGGGAAUAAGCAUGUAUGUUACAAAGUGUCUUAUGAAACAAGCCUUCUUGAGCAAAUUGCUAUCUAUACCUUCCAAGCUGAGAUUCUAAAUUCCUGCAUUCUUACAAAAUAAGCUCUAUUUUACCAAAAUAUUCUCAAACUACCAAACACUCAAGUAUAAUUUAUUUAUAUUGAAUAUUUUAUUUAUUCAGUGGUGUUUUUCAUUAAAUUAUUGUACACAUUGAAAUAUACUAUUUAUAUUAUACCUAACUUAUUUGUUAUAAUAUUCCUGACUUAUUUAUUAUAUUUAUU